UUUAGAUUUUAAUUUAGUUAAAAUUAAAUUCACUUUUUUUUUUCUCUCAAAAAUCAACUCUAUAACUCCUUAGGCAAAGAAAAUGGCUUUCAAACUUAUUAGUUUUCUUGCAACAUUAUCAAUUGUUGUUGCUAUACCAAUAGAAAUUCAUCAUGGACCAGCAUUAUUACAUCAUGGACCAGCAUUAGUUAAACAAGUUGAAUAUAGUGCGCCAGCAAAAUAUGAUUUUACAUAUGGUGUACAAGAUCAUGAAACUGGUGAUGUUAAAAGUCAAUCAGAAUCACGUGAUGGUGAUAAUGUACAAGGUGUUUAUACAUUAAUUGAUGCUGAUGGUUAUAAACGUACAGUUGAAUAUACAGCUGAUGAACAUAAUGGUUUUAAUGCUGUUGUACAUCGUGAACCAAUUGGUAAAGCAGUUGUUGCUGCACCAGUACAUAAAGCAAUAUUACCAGCACCAGUAUUACAUGCUGGACCUGUUUUACAUGCUGGACCAAUUGUACAUGGUGGACCAAUUGGACCAUAUUAUCAUGGUUAAAAAAAAAAAUAUAAAUGUAUUUUUGUUUUGUAUAUAUAUAUGUAUUUGUAUAUGUAUAUAUGCAAAAGUAAAUUUUCAUUUUAGAACUUGUUA